AUGGACGUUGUAACAAAUAGUGACUGUCCGCUUUCAUCGAUUAUUGAUGGGCCAGUCGAUCAGCAGUGUGUGGCCGAUUUUUUAGAAACAUCGACUAUUGAAACCGCCCUGGAAUUCGAAUCACUUCAAGGUCAAUCACCACUAGUUCGUUGCAUACAAAGCGGUGUGAGUCAUCUUGAUACGGUGCGAUGUAUGCUGAAUAGUGGAUUGUACGAUUGCGAAACAAUUGAUAGCACCGGACGAGCAGCGCUAGCUAGCUUGGCAUUCGAAUGUAGAGAUAAUAAAUUGCACAUUAAACGCAUCUUAGAUGUGGUGACGUAUGUCGAAGAUCAAGACGAAGAACAAAUGUUCCAGAGCAUAGCGACUGCUAUAAUACAUUUGAAUGCUAGGCGGAUUCCCCUACUAGAGCUACGGUUGUAUGUAGGGUGGAAACUAGCGGACUAUGGGUACCGGAAGCUGACGGGCAAUUGGACGGAUGGGAAAACAUUAGACGACUGGAAGAGUUGCAUUCAAGUGAUAAGCGAUUGCUGGAAUGAUAUAAUCAAGCAUAAUUACGCUAGUAACGAUGCCGUGGACGAUCGAUUUAUGCAUCGUUUGCGCAUGAUACACAACCAACUGUAUUUUCUAAAGUUCAAAAAAUUCCUCGAGCACCUGCCGAUAUGGGAGACGGUAUUUUGCGUGGCAAUAUUCAUGAAUACCUAUGACGAACCCAACAAUUAUCGCUUCUAUCGCCUCAUGAUAAGCAAAGGAACUGUGAUUAAAUGCUUGGGGCCGAUUGUUUCUGCGCUGGAACGGGUGAAAGAUGAGCUGGCGAAGAUCGAACCGGAGAUAAGUAGGUUCGUGACAGAUGUGAUGCAUAACGAUAGCAAAUAUGAUGCAUUGUUCGAUGAGAUGGUGGCAGCACUAGAAGCGUCGAAUAUCAAGAAUAAAAAGUACAUGGCGUCCAACUUUCGUGAAAAGCAAGCUAGCGGACAGUGCGCCAAGCACGAGCUGGCCAAAGAGGUGGCGAAGGUGUUCAAGCGUGCGGAAACAAGCUAUUGCGAUACGAAGAUGGUUGAAAUCAGAGCGUUGGAGAGUAGGGACGCGUUGAUUAGCAAGAUAAAAACCCGGCUGGAUCGCGUUGUUCAUCCGGAGAAUGUGUGCAAUCGAUUAAUGGCGGAAAUGCGGCAGAACGUCCCCACCGAUACGAUCGUGGCCAGCAUCAUUGCGGGCGAAACGUUCAAUUUCAACGAUCUGUCGCUAGCUCCCGGCGUAAUGGAAGCGAUCGGGCAAUGCUACAGCCAAAUGAAACCAUUCUAUUCGCUGGUAAAGAUACACAAGUGUAUAUCGAUUUUUGCAAGAGCCGACACAACAAAUAUGAGUCGUUUUACAGCUUGCGCCAAGCGUUUGCUAACCGUUAUCGGAGAGGCAAUCAACAAUACUAAAAACACUCCAAAUAUGCCCGACACCCGCGUGGAGGCAGCAGUGCAACGGAUGCUUAUGUAUCAGUUCAAAACCAUCAACAACUGGCACCGGAACACGUACACGCACGAGCUAUCAAGGGCCAGGCUGGAGGUUAAGGAGGACACGGAGCGGCAACUGUUAAAGCAAAUGCCUCAGCAUUUGGGGCUUAUUGGCUUGAUGCUCGAGCUAUUGCUAAUUGCCAUAGGUGCUGACAUUCGUCACUCCUUCUACGGUAUGCUGUAUCGAUGCGAGACACUAGAAUCGCUGCGCGCACUGCUCAUCUACGUCGGCGAGACGGAUGUUUUGCGUGCGGCGGAAGAAGACUGGUGGGAUGACGUACUGCAGUAUUAUAAACAAGCCGGUGCACUAUUGCAGCAGGUGCGUCAGCAACCAGUUGGGCAGACGUCUCAAUUUGCACAGGUGGAGCGUUCGUUUAACAUGCAACUGUCCAUAAUUGAAGAGCUUAAAGAAAUGGUCGCGAUUGAGGCAGAGUUUAACUACGAGAGUGUACGAAAAACUUGCACCAGCUGUAACAAUUUGGCCACGAUUAAAAGCCUGCUAUCGUGGAAGCUAGAUUCGUACGACCCUACAGACACACUCGAACGAAUGUGCAAUUCGUGGGAUGCCGAUAUUUCGAAUCUGUCGCACAUUGCAUGGGAAAAUCCACAACUGCUGCAGCUGAAUCCGCUAGCCGCAUCGACAACGCUCACGAGACUGCAAAAAGCAUUAUUAUCGGUGGGUCAGUAUAACUAUGCGCACCAUACGCGCAAGCUGAUCGAAACCCUCGGUUGCGUAGAGCUGCACUCGGUGAACGAAACAGAAUGGCAAGAGUUGAACCGGAAGCUGGUUCCCUACUAUCAGAACGUGUUUCAACUGGAUAUAAAGUGGAAAGAGUUGAAAGCGUUUUGCGUGAAACGCGACAACGCAAAACCGUGGAACAGUGCGCGCGAGCAUGAACUACGGCAGCGGGAUCAACAGGAGCUGCAGCAAAUGUUUGACGAACGGCGUAAAACAUUACGGUCGGUUCUCGUGCAGUGCGGAAUACGUACGGUGGGUGAUCUGAUCACCAAGCUUCUAACCAUUCCAUCCGACGCUUUGGCGGCGAUGGAGUACGUGCAGGUGGAGCUGUGCCAAAUGUUGCUCGCCGUGAAGUACUUCGGCGAUAACUUCGAAGCACUCAAACACUCCAUACCGAUGAUACAGGGUAAAAGCUACCGAAACUAUCUGGCACACGACGCCCUGUCGUACGACAUACUGACGUGCAGUGGUGAGGAAAAGUGUGUGAUAAAUGCAUUCAUUUUUGCUCGCACAUCGGUUCGUUUGUUUGCUGAACGUCCAGCGGUGCCGUCGAUGUUCUUCCCGCCUCAGGAGGACACGAAACGGUGGAUAGACCAGCAGCAGGAGCUGCGUGCCGCAUUCGUAUCGGGUGAUGUGAGACGAAUUCAUGCGCUGAUGAUGGCGGGAGCCGAAAUUAGGGGUCUCUAUUACGGGUCGCCGGAUAUUCGCUACCAUCCAACAACGCGCCUUUCGAUAACAAAUUUGGUAGAAUGGUUAGGUCAGGUCAGUCCAAACGUUGUUGCACUGUUGAAACGUUACUUUCCUACCUUUGAAGCGAACUACCGCAACCCACAACGGAGACUUACGAGCGCACUGUACCGGGGAAACCUUGAAGAAGCAUUUGAAAUGAGCAAGUACAACGAACUACCGGAUUUACUCUUAGUCUGGCCCAACCUGCCGCUAGAAAGUUUACGCCAAAGGUGCCAAGGCAGAGGAUGGCAAGCUGUGCUAAAGGAGUUGCUUGACCACGGAAACGAACAGUGCGCCCGGCAGGUGAUAAAGGACUCCGCAAGUGUAAUCGCCACUCAGGCUGACGGUAAUCUGAUGAAUGAACUUCUGCAUCAUGCAAUGUUGCGCGGUAUGUACCAAACCGCAAGCCUUUUGUUGUCGCAAAUGCGCUGUCGUAUGGCCCCGAAGACUGUGGAGCUCGCGAUCGUCGUGCACUGGAACGAUUUUUUCAAACAUGACGCAGUGAAACCUGCACUGGCCGAUGAUAGCAACCUGCAGCUGUUGCUGACUGCCGCGGUGCAGGUGUCCAACUAUGAGGUAAUGGGAUAUUUUUUAAAUCGCGAAACCAGCGGAACCAUCUCGGCGCUGUGGGUAUGCUAUGUGGCAGCGGCUUGCUAUGGAAAUGCUGGUGUUUUGGAAAAUUUGCUCGAACACUACCCGCCAGGAAUGGAUGGCACUUUACUAACCGUUCCACUCUAUCGCGCCACCACAAACAAUUACUGGGACUGUGUGCGUUUGCUAUUGGACAAUAAUGCUGCUGCCGAUGUUAUCUUCCACGACAGAAAUGGCGAUAAGUGUUGCACGUUGCUGAUGCUCAUCCGGCUCGAUAGGAUAGAUCUCAUCCGGUGCAUUAGGAGCAUAAACUGCUCAGCGUUUUGCAGCCCGUCCAUAGACCAUCCGUUUUCCGUAGCGUCGGAUUACGACACCUUAUCGGAGGAAAUGAUCGAAGCAAUCAAAUCAUUAGGGUUCAGCUGUCUCGACACCCCAAAGAUUCUGCAUGCCACGGUUGAAGAAGGGUUCGGACAUCCUCUUUGGAGGGAAAUAUGGGAGCAAAUCGACGGGUUUAUUUCGCAUCCCGGCACAGAGCUCACCGAUCCGGUCAGGCUACUGGCGAAUGUGCUGUACCGUUGGCGAUGGAUCGCAUUCAUUGAAAUGCCUUAUGAUGGCAAAACUGCAUUAGGCUGUGCAGUGGCAGCAGACGAUGAGCUGAAAGUUUUGCACGAAUUGCUAACGCGUGCUCGUUUGAUGCGAACAUUGGCAGGCGAUGGGCUGGUGCUUGGUGAUUUAGCUAUCAGAAAUGGUUCGACGACUGUGUGGUUCGGUGGUAACGACCAAUACCAUGCACAACACUUUACGAGGGGUUGUGAUGAAAUCAUCGCUUUGGUAGGCACACUACGUCAACAAAAACCUGAGCCCCAGUGGCAAGAUUAUCCGAUCGACAUCGGUGAGUUGUCUAUUCUGUUCGCUACACCCGACGGAGCAAAUGGACAUCUUAACACCGGCAGCAAUCUGCAAAUGCGAGACACUACCUCUUUGGUUGAAAAUUUACACGAUUUGCUGACGAUCUCGCAUGCGUUAUUUGCUCAACAGUCCACAGUAUAUGCGACGGUAUCGACGAGCACCCGUACCGUACAUUUCUUGCGAACUGAAGGUUGGUGCUGUGCGUACGAUGUAUUCCCGCUGUGUAGUGCACUAGAUCUGUCCCACACGAUGAAUGCACGAUUAGGGAGAGGAAAUACAGUGCUGUUCAAUGCUAUCAUGUACGAUUGCGAACUUGCAUCCAUAAAACUGCUAGUGGAUAAGGGUGCGAACCCGUUGCUAGCGGACAAUAAUGGAAAUACAGCCAUAGCGGCCGCGAUAGAGCAUAAAAGUGAUCCUGCGUUUGCUCUCUACCUGAUGGAAGCUUGUAUUGCAAAGGAUUUUCGUGAUGCACAUGGAUGUGGUCUGGCGGAAAUGGUGGACGAGUCCGGCCGAAACAGGUUUCUACAUUUGGCAGAUGCCUGCGGUCAUCAAACGGCAGCUCAGUUUCUUCACCGUCUGGAAAGUCGAAUGCACCAAUAG